CAGAUAUCGGCAUCGGCGGUGCCUAUUGAUGUUGACUUCAACUUUACUUUCUGCGAAAUAUUCAGAGCCAUGUCGAAUGAGAUUGACUACUUUUGGGAGUCCCUGCUUUCACCUGGGAGAACGAAAUGGGAAACAAAGAAGGACAAAAGUGGGUCAAAAAGAAAAAACGACAUACCCUUAAACUCAAAUGGCAUCAUCCUGAAGAAAAAGCAACCAAAGAAAGAGAAGAAAAAGAAGAAGAAAAAGAAACCCGAUUUAAACAGUAUAUUUGGCAGCGGCGAUGCUGCAGUGACAACAGAAUCGAAAUCUGUCACGUCUCACCCGAGAAGUAGCGGCACUAUUAGGAAGGAGAAGUCUCAUCGCACAAUUCAGGACACCAAGAAAAAAGGCCAAAGAAAAAAGAAAGUGGCGUUCGAUUUGUCACGUGACUCCGCUUGUGUCCCAAAUUUUGCCUCGAUACGUCCCAAGUUCCCAAAAGAGUGUCCGGAGUUUAAGAAAGCCGCUGAAACAGAUUGUGAGCGGGCUACUUUUGUGAGCGAAAUAGCUCAGCAUCAGUCUCAACUUCAAGAUAACAACAUUCAGUGGGAGGAGAGCAACAGCCAGGACUUGUUCAUCACCCAAAAGAUAUUCAGAUCAUCCUCCUCAGACACCAGUGGGGAAGACAGCUACAAAGCUGCCACGACAACUUCGCCGCAACAAACCCAGAUAUUAGACAAAUAUUUGGAUCAGAUCAAAUACCUCGACAAGGAUUCUUGUCAGCUUUCAAGAAAAAAGAAACGACAAAAGACAGGAAAGAAGACAAGGACUGCGGAGAAGAACAGAUCGCACAGUCGAAAAAAGAACGAUUCAUUCCAAAACAAAUCCGCGAGCCCCAUCGGGGCCGAGGCGCCCUUGUGCUCUCUUUAUUCAAAGCCUAAUGUGAUGAAUCUCCACAUGGACAAGAUGGCCGUAGCAGAUAGGUCACCACCAAAGGUCACAAAGAAACGCGCUCUCCACAUACCCCUCAAACCCACAGCCUGCACCGCCACUCAGACAGAAAACUUCUUCACUGCCGAACUCUCUUCCUAUUUUGCUUUCUCCACAAAGAGAAGACUGGCGGGUGGCUAUGAUGUCGAGAAUCCUUUGGAUCUGAGCUUGCCUCAAAGAGCUAGGAAAGACCCCUGGAGGUGGGCCUCAAGUGAAGUCAAAGAGAAUGAGAAAUGGGGUGAGAAUAAACUGCCCGCCCGAGGGCUCAACGUGCCUUCAUCAUGUUGUUCAGCCAUGAAAGACCUGGAGGUGAAGGAAGGGGUUGUUGUUAAUGAGAAGAGGGAAGGAGAGACCACGGAGAGUUCCCUGACGGAGUCGGAGCCCAAGUCCGGCGACACGACAACAUCCAGCGAUUGCAAUGAGCUGCCAGGCCAAAGCAAAAAGGUUGACCUGAACCAGGUGAAGCCAGUACAGAUGAGGCUGAAUGAGUCAUUCUUCUUCAAGACCAAAGGAGAAGGACAUUCGCCCAGACCUGAGUCGCCGCUGAUGAAACUUUCUCAGAGCAGAGCAAGUGAGAAAGACAUGAAAGGCAAGAAGACACGUUGAGGUUUAUCGGAAAUUCCCGUAAAAUCAACUGCCAUCAUUUGUCUACUACACUUUACCUUUCAGAAAACAGAAUUUAUUGUUUAGGUUGAAUGGAAAUUGUUUUUUCUACUUCUGGAAUAAUUGAAGAACAAGCAAGAGUAU